UCCAAGUCAUUUACUAUAUAGAUUGGGUUUCUAGCUUUUUGGGUUCUCGUCCUUUUUCAGUUGGCUGCUUCCUUAGCUUUAUCCAAAGCAUUAUCCUUUUAGCACAACCAUGUCUGCCUUUGUGGGAAAAUAUGCUGAGGAACUUAUCAAGAAUGCCAAGUACAUAGCAACACCAGGGAAAGGUAUUUUGGCAGCAGAUGAAAGUACUGGCACUAUUGGAAAACGUUUAUCAAGCAUUAAUGUUGAAAACAUUGAAGCAAAUCGUCAAGCACUUCGUGAACUCCUUUUCACUUCACCAAAUGCUCUUCCUUACCUCUCUGGCGUUAUUCUCUUUGAAGAAACACUUUACCAAAAUACUUGUGAUGGAAAGCCAUUUGUUGAACUUCUUCAAGAAAACAAUGUUGUCCCUGGGAUUAAGGUGGACAAGGGUACCGUGGAAUUGGCUGGGACCAAUGGCGAGACGACAACUCAAGGGCUCGACUCGUUGGGUGCACGUUGUGCACAGUACUACAAAGCAGGUGCUCGUUUUGCCAAGUGGAGAGCUGUGUUGAAAAUUGGGGCUACUGAGCCUUCAGAAUUGUCCAUUCAGCAAAAUGCUCAGGGGCUAGCUCGUUAUGCGAUAAUUUGCCAAGAAAAUGGACUUGUGCCAAUUGUGGAGCCAGAAAUUCUGACUGAUGGAAAUCAUGAUAUCAAGAAAUGUGCAGCUGCUACUGAAACUGUUCUUGCUGCCGUUUAUAAGGCACUCAAUGACCAGCAUGUUCUUCUUGAAGGAACACUUUUGAAGCCCAACAUGGUCACCCCUGGCUCUGAUAGCCCAAAGGUUGCAGCAGAAGUAAUAGCAGAGUACACGGUCACAGCCCUGCGCCGGACCGUGCCACCAGCAGUGCCAGGGAUAGUGUUCUUAUCAGGAGGACAGAGUGAGGAAGAGGCAACAGUGAACUUAAAUGCAAUGAACAAAUUGGAAGUGCUUAAGCCAUGGACACUGUCAUUUUCAUUUGGUAGAGCUCUUCAGCAAAGUACCCUCAAGACUUGGGGUGGAAAAAAAGAAAAUGUUGGAAAAGCUCAAGAGGCAUUUUUGACAAGGUGCAAGGCUAAUUCAGAUGCAACGCUUGGAAAGUAUACUGGUGGAAGUGGAAGUGGUGCUGCUUCUGAGAGUCUGUUUGUUAAAGGUUACAAAUAUUAGGAGAAGGCAAAACUUGGAGUUGAUGAUAACAGGUUAUAUACUAUUGUCUUUUGUGUUGCUUUUAAUAAC